AUGGAUGCUCUUGAAAUAGAACAUUUAUGUAGUCAACUAUAUAGUGGUAGUGGCAAUAAUGAUCAAAUACGUACAGUUUCUCAACGUCUUGAAAACUUUGUUAAUCAAGCAAAUUGCUUAUCUCAAUGUCGUUUAUUACUUGAUCGAGCUCUAACUCCCUAUACUCAAUUUUUUGGUGCUACAACAUUAAUUAAAUAUUUUAAUUCAAUAUCAAAUCAAUCAUUAGUUUCAUUUACUGAACGUUAUGAAUUGCGUACUUACAUCCUUGAAUAUUUAUAUAAACGUAAUAGUUCAUUAGCUCCAUUUGUAUUAGCGGAAUUAGUGAAAUUAUAUGCACGUUUAACAAAACAUUCUUGGUUCGAUUUAAAUCCAAACAUAAAUACUGAAAAUUAUCCAUUCCAAACAUUUACAGAUGAUUUACUUAAAUUUCAAAUUGAUCCAAGUCAUUUUUCAGUUGCUCUACAAAUCUUAGUAGCCGUUCUAACAGAAAUGAGUGUACCCAAUGAUGAAGAAAUAACAGCACGAGCAUUUACUAAACAUCGAAAAAUUUGCAUAUCAUUUCGAGAUAUAAAAUUAAUUGAUAUCUAUUCAUUUGCUGGGCAAUAUCUACGUGAUGUUAUUGUAAAUCAAAAGAAAUCACUGGGAUUGUCGAUCGAUUUUAGUGAAUAUCCAAAAACAAUUCAUAGUGUUCAAUUACAACCGGAUUAUUAUAUUGUUGUGGAAAAACUACUUUCAUUAGGUUUAGGAUGUCUAACAUAUGAUUUUCUCGGUACUGGCUCAACUAUUCACGAUGUUGAUAUAUCUGAUGAACAUCAAACAUUACAAGUUCCUCUUGCAUGGCACGAUCUUAUUGUCGACGGAAGUUUUUAUCAAUUAUGCUUUUCAUAUUAUUUUCUUUUUUCCAAUACAACACUGGUUCCACUAGCAUUAUCUUGUCUUGUUCAAUUAUCCAGUGUACGAAGAUCAUUAUUAAACGGGAAUGAACGUCUCAGCGUCCUAAAUAUAAUCACAUACGGUAUUCGAUUAAUAAUUGAACAACCUGGCGGUCUUCUAACCGAUGAAAAAUCGCUGCAUGAAUUCUGUCGUUUAAUUGGCCGUUUAAAAUCCAAUGCACAAUUACAUGAAUUAAUACGUAUUGAUAAUUAUCCAUUAUUUACUGAAAGAUUAUUUCGUUUUACGAUUGAUCAUUUAUUAAGUGUUCAUCAUCAUCGUUCGUAUCAUUUAUCACCGAAUACUCUUCAUUAUAUAUUAUCUUAUUGGUCGAAAAUAUGUGCAUAUUUAUCGCAUAUAUCAAAAUUAUCCGACUCAGACGAGUCCUCUACGCCGCAUUUACUUGAUAUUUAUGUUCCACAAAUAGUAUGUUAUUAUAUUCAAUCACGUUUAGAUGCAAUUAAUACUGAUGAUGGUCUUUAUGUUGAGUUAUUUGAAAACGAUCAAACUGUAUUACAACAACAAUUAGAAAUGAUUAGUGUCAUGUCUAGAUUAGAUUAUAGUAAAAUAUGUGCACUCCUAUGUAAUUAUUUUGACGACAUUGCUCAACAGUAUCAACAAAGCAAUAAUUCGGACACAAUCGAACGACGUUUUACAUUCCUCAUCUAUGUUCUUGGAUGUGUUAUUGGUUCACGUGGCAUAACAUUAUCAUCAUUGUCAAUAUCGAGUGAUGAUCAAGAUUUAUUUGAUGGUGAAUUAGUUGUACGUGUAUUACAAUUAAUGACGUAUAUACAACAGAAAACAUCGGGAGAAAAUAACCAAAAACCUAUUAAUACAGCAAUAACAACAUCGGCAGAUAAAAUAAAUUCCGCGCCUUAUUCUGAAAGAUUAGAAUUAGCUAUUCUCUUUUUUUUCGAGCAAUUUCGUCGACAAUAUAUUGGUGAUUAUGGACGAUCGAAUAAAAUCUAUCAAGUGCUAUUUAAACAUCUCGGUAUUGCUGAUGAAGAACAAUUGUUAUCAAUCUUUGUUAAAAAGCUUUUCACUAAUUUACAAUAUUCGAUAAUAACAGAUAAAUUAAUUGAACGAACUGUGGGAUGUUUUAAUGAUCUUACUCAUGGAUAUCAAAGUGUUCGUAAAUUAGUCAAACUUGAUCCGAUACAAUACUUUAUAAAUAAUCAUACACAAGAUCUUUUUCCAUUUCUUCAUCCAACAUCAACAUUAAAUCAUCCUCAAAACAGUAAUUUAACUGUUAGUAGUUGGUCGUGUUUACGAACAACAUUUUAUUCGGCUGUUGGACGUAUGUUAGUCUAUGAAUUUCGUUACGACGAUGAUGAUGAUGACGAUCGCAUAGAAGCGUUUAUGUCACCGUUUACAAAUCAUUGUACAAGAUUAGUUCAAAUAUUCAAAGAAUUUCCAGAUUUUUCAUCAUUGAAUCCUGGACAAUUUGCAGCAAUGAUACAAUUUAAUCCAACGUCAGCAUCAUUGGACGAAAUUCAAUCGCUAAUUAUUGGUAUUGCUCGUGAUCUUCGUGGCUUAUGUAGCUCACUAUUAUCUAAACAAGCAUAUAACUCAUUUUUCAAUUGGUUAUAUCCGUCGUAUUUACCAUUAUUUCUCAAAGCUGCCUAUGUAUUCUACGAUCGGAAAGAUGUUUAUAAUCCUAUAUUAAAGUUUUUUCAUGAAUUAACAUCAAAUCGUCAGGAACGUUUAGGUUUUGAUUCAACAAAACCAAGCGCUUAUUUAUUAUUUCGUGAAACAUCUAAUUUACUUUAUAUAUUUCAAACGAAAACACUUUUACAUGUUAAUACAACAAUACCAGAAACUGAUGGAAAUUUAUUUUAUAAAUCAAAACUGAAACCAAUUAUAACUUGUCUAGAAAUUCUUCAAACAUGUUUAAUGGGUAACUAUGUUAAUUUUGGCGUAUUUCAACUGUAUUCUGAUCCAUGCUUUGAUAAUUUUUUACAAGUAUUUAUUUCAAUAUUAACAACAGUUAAAAAGAGUCAUCUAUUUUCAUAUCCAAAAUUAACGUUAGCUUACUUUUCACUAAUUGAAACAUUCGCGACUGUAAAAAUUGAUUAUCUAGCUAACUUAUCUGGACCAUUGUUUGGUUAUAUACUUGAGACAAUCAGCGAAGGGCUUUUAUCACAUGAACAAACGAUACAAAAUGCAUGUUGUGUUUAUUUGGAUACAUUCCUAACAUAUGUUUUUCGAUCGGCUAAAAAACAUAUUGCAUCUGCUAAUCUAAUGACUAACGUUCAGGAAUACGAAGGUUUAUUUCGACAAAUACUUGUUAAUUUACUCAAUGGAAUUAUAUAUUCAGAAUGCAAAAAUAUCUAUACUGUAUCAAAGCCUCUUCUUGGUCUUAUAUUAUUAAAUGAAAAUAAUUUUUUUACUGAAAUAAAACAACAAUUAUUAUAUGGUCACACUCAGGCUAAACAAGCUAUCUUAUCCACAGCAUUAGAUAAUUUAAUGAGAGGUAUCGAUCGUACAUUGAAAGAAUCUAAUAAAGAAAAUUUCACUCAAAAUAUAACACAAUUUCGAAGUGAUAUACAAGAGUCAUUAAAUGUUAAUAAUACAGAAUUAUCAUCGAUACCUGUAUCAUCAUCGUCAACUCUACCUACCAAUGUUCCAGUUACAAUUGCCAUUUCAAACUUGAUACCAUCAUCUUCGACUACAGCACCUGUUGAAGAGUUAAUGACCCUGUGA